CUGAAACAUGGAUCAAAUCGCUGGUGUUCUGCCGUCAACGGUGCCGGACUAAGGAGGAAUGCGAGGACGCGAUUCGAAGAAGUCUCCGAAUUCUCUACUACCGAAGUGUCUGUUCUAUGUCUGUAUUUUUUCCCUCGAUGGAUUAUUGAAUCUAUGCCUGCGUGUCUCGGCUCCGAUGGUGAUGUUCUUGAUGGAGAAUUUGGAGAAAUCCGGAUGUGGAAUCGGGGAUAAGUUCAUUAAGAAUUCUUCUCAUAUCUCUGUGUACGCUCAUGCUAACUUGAAUCUGAUCUUGGCAAUGAUUUCUGGAGGAGAGUGUGUGAGGAGAAGAGUGAUGAAAUCAGUGGCUGCUAAUCCUUACUGCUCAGAAGCUGCUGCAAAAGAUGCCAUGGAAGGUGUCUGGGAUGUUUGUUAUAAUGAUACACAGCUAUUUGAUAGAGCUCCCUGAAGAAUGGUUUAUGCUCUCAUUUCAUCUGCAGA